UGACAGUGUGAUCCAGCGGGCUCUGGGUGUGGAGUGCCAUAGACUGCGUUGGGGGCCUUUGCUUUCGCAAGUUUUGUUUGCACCCGGUGCUCAAAGCAGUGUGCAAGAAGUCUGAAAAUCCCAUAGACCGAGGAUAGGGUGUAGAGCCCCCUCCAGCUCUCAGGAUCCCACAGAUACACAGAGGUAUGCACUAAUGGGACAGCUUUGUCCGAAGUGGAAGUCGUUUGCCCCGGGGAGGUGGGUGUGGUGUGGUAUAGAGGUCCCCUGAAAGACAGACCUCACAGUACACCUUACAGAAGAUGCGUGCUGUGUGUGGGGUAUUCUGACGAGUGAGCUGAUCUUUAGGGGUACUGUGCAUGGUCUGAGAAUGGAGACCAGGAGAUAGACUAGUAAAGAGGGCUAGAGAGAGACCGAGUUAGGGUGAGAGCUCCGACCCCUGCAGGGACAGACUCAGGACAGCAAAGACAAGUGGAGAGCUGGAGACACUAAGGGGAAUCAUGAUCCCAUCUUGGGCUAGGGUCUGGGUGCCAUUUCCCAGAGAGGGGAGGUUUUCCAUCCUCUCCUAUCCCACAGCGGUCCUAUCUGAAUUGUCCAGCCCAUUCUGGAAUCAGCUUCUGUGCCUGACUUUAAGGUCUUGUUGCCUCCGUACCCCAACCCCGACCCAGGUCUAGAGAGACAGGGCAAGCAGCUUCCUCCACAGGACAGAGCCUCUGAUCCGAGGACAGGGGAGGUCUGGGACUCCUCCAGCUCAGCCUACAGCUUGUGUGACCUUGGAUUGUCCUUCCCCACACCUCAGUUGCCCAUCGGUGAAAAGAGAGCAUGAGAAACAUUUGCCGAACAACCUUGCCGUUUGCUGUUCUCCUUCUGUGGUCCCCCACAUUCUAUUUACCAGGCCCAUACCCUCCCUAUUCUGGUCCAAAGACUGCCCCAGAAAGGAACUUGUACACAGGGAAACAAGUUCGGAGGGCCUGAGCUUGCUGUUCCAGAGAUGCUCCAAGCACGGGCAGCAGAGCUGUUUGCUGAUUUCCUCAGUGACUUCUGUGUGUGUGCACAUACAUGUGCAUGGGGUAGACCGGCUGAUGGGUAAGGUAUCCUGAGUGUGUGGCUGUGUGUCCAUCAGCAUAGGGCUUUGUGGGCAUCUGGGUCGGUCCAUGGGAUUGUGUGUAUUCAGGUCCACAUGUACCUGAAGCUUCCGAGGGAUGCACAGUUGUAGACACGUGUGUGCACGCAUGCGUGCACCCUGUGAGUGUGUGUGCACACAGGUCUAUUGUUUGCUUAUUUGUAUUUUAACAUAUGCUUCUUUGUUUUCUGUUUUUGCCAGUCCAUUGUUCUAAGCACUUUACGCAGAUCAGCUAGUUUAAUCUUCCCAACAACCCUCUGAGGAAGGUGGACGCCGACGAUGUCUUUACCAAAGAGGAACAGAUUUUCCUUUUGCACCGCGCCCAGGCCCAGUGUGACAAGCUGCUCAAGGAAGUCCUGCGCAAAGCCGCACAGCUGAUGGAUAGAACUGCCCUGAUUUCUCCAGCCAACAUAAUGGAUUCAGACAAGGGGUGGACACCAGCAUCCACGUCAGGGAAGCCCAGGAAAGAGAAGGCUUCGGGAAAGUUCUACCCUGAGUCUAAAGAGAACAAGGAGGUGCCCACUGGCAGCAGGCGCCGAGGACGCCCCUGCCUGCCAGAGUGGGACAACAUCGUUUGCUGGCCAUUAGGGGCACCAGGUGAAGUGGUGGCAGUGCCCUGUCCAGACUACAUUUAUGACUUCAAUCACAAAGGCCAUGCCUACAGACGCUGUGACCGCAAUGGCAGCUGGGAGGUGGUUCCCGGGCACAACCGGACAUGGGCCAACUACAGCGAGUGCCUCAAGUUCAUGACGAAUGAGACUCGGGAACGGGAGGUAUUUGACCGCCUAGGCAUGAUCUACACCGUGGGAUACUCCAUGUCCCUUGCCUCCCUUACCGUGGCCGUGCUCAUCCUAGCCUAUUUUAGGCGGCUGCACUGCACGCGCAACUACAUCCACAUGCACAUGUUCCUGUCGUUUAUGCUGCGCGCCGCCAGCAUCUUCGUGAAGGACGCAGUGCUCUACUCUGGCUUCACGCUGGAUGAGGCCGAGCGCCUCACGGAGGAGGAGUUGCAUAUCAUCGCGCAGGUGCCGCCUCCGCCCGCCGCUGCCGCCGUUGGCUACGCUGGCUGCCGCGUGGCUGUGACCUUCUUCCUUUACUUCCUGGCCACCAACUACUACUGGAUUCUGGUGGAGGGGCUGUACUUGCACAGCCUCAUCUUCAUGGCCUUUUUCUCAGAGAAGAAGUACUUGUGGGGCUUCACCAUCUUUGGCUGGGGUCUUCCAGCUGUCUUCGUGGCUGUGUGGGUCGGCGUCAGAGCAACCCUGGCCAACACUGGGUGCUGGGACCUGAGCUCCGGGCACAAGAAGUGGAUCAUUCAGGUGCCCAUCCUGGCAUCUGUUGUGCUCAACUUCAUCCUCUUCAUCAACAUCAUCCGGGUGCUUGCCACUAAGCUUCGGGAGACCAAUGCGGGCCGGUGUGAUACGAGGCAGCAGUACCGGAAGCUGCUCAGGUCCACGCUGGUGCUCGUACCACUCUUUGGUGUCCACUACACUGUCUUCAUGGCCCUGCCGUACACCGAGGUCUCAGGGACGCUCUGGCAGAUCCAGAUGCACUAUGAGAUGCUCUUCAACUCCUUCCAGGGAUUUUUUGUCGCCAUCAUAUACUGUUUCUGCAAUGGUGAGGUGCAAGCGGAAAUCAGGAAGUCUUGGAGCCGCUGGACAUUGGCCCUGGACUUCAAGCGCAAAGCACGGAGUGGGAGUAGCAGCUACAGCUAUGGGCCAAUGGUGUCGCACACCAGCGUAACCAACGUAGGCCCUCGUGCAGGACUCGGCCUUCCCCUCAGCCCCCGCCUGCUGCCUGCCACCACCACCAAUGGCCACUCCCAGCUGCCUGGCCAUGCCAAGCCAGGGGCUCCAGUCACUGAGAAUGAAACCGUACCAAUUACUAUGGCAGUUCCCAAGGACGAUGGAUUCCUUAACGGCUCCUGCUCAGGCCUGGAUGAGGAGGCCUCUGGGUCUGCACGGCCACCUCCAUUGUUGCAGGAAGAGUGGGAAACAGUCAUGUGACUGGGUACCAGGGACUGGGCUGCUGACAUGGACAGAUGGACAGAUGGACCAAGAGGCCAAUUGUUGUUGUCCCUUCAGGACUGGACCAGAAAGAAAAACAAAAGGGAAAAAAAAAAAGGAAAAGGGAGCUGUGUGUGGCUUCCUGUGUUUCAUUCAAGGAAGGUGGGGUCUAGGAGCCUGAGAGAGUUUGGAGAGUGCUCAUCCCAUGGUUGGGAGAAGGACCCUGAGCCUCAUUCCCUAAAAAGGAUCUAGGAGUUGGGGAUUUAGCACUGUCCAACAGAAGGAUGACUCUGCUUUCAGGGCCCAAAGAAGGGCUUAAGAGUGCCUCAGUUGGUAGAGCACUCGCCUGGCAUGCACGAAGCCCUAGGUUCUACCCCCAGCACCUGAUAGACGAGGCACACACGCCUGUAAUCCCAGUUCUCAGGAGAUGGAACCAGGAGGAUCAGAAAUUCAAGGAUAUCCUUGGCUAUACAGAUUGAGUUGGGAGGCAGCCCAGGGUACAUGAGAUCCUUUCUUUAAAAAACAAAAAAAAUAACCAUUGCCCAGAAAGGCUCAAGUCUGCAGGGUGAGCCUUCGCCAUCUGGUAGCCUCUCAGGGCGUCCUCUGUGCAUGACUGCAGCUCUCAAAAUGGAAGGGAUAUGCCUCCAGCCACCAGGCAGAGGUUGCAGGACAGUACCCUGGCCAGUGAGUGGAAGUUGGGCUGUCUCUGGCCUGGCUCCAGAAGCUAGGAGUUCAGGCCCUAAGGGUUAGCUGGGGUGCAGGUCUGCAAGGCUACACCUGCACAUUCAUUAAGUACACAAUGUUUUCUCAGUAUCCCCACCUGACACCUCCCUACUUCCGUCCUCAUCCUCCGGGACCUAGUCCUGUCUUGAACUAUUUGAGUCCUCAAAAGGCCUGCCACUGAGGCGGCAUGCUGAUACCGGGUAGCCUGGCUCACUGGGCCUCCCAGCUUUCAUACCAGCUGUGUUCCUACAAACCCUCCCUCUCUCGGCUCAAACCCUUGCUGUCCUCUAGACCCUGUCCCCACCACCUGCCCCAGGCCUAGGCCAUCUAACUCAAGCACUUGGGUGGUAUGGGCAUAUACUGAGCACUCCUAGGCUAAGCCCCAUCUGCCCUUCUUGAUGGCUAGCAGGACAAAUGACCAUCCAAAGGCUUGAAGUGGAGCAUGAUGUGCUGUGAAUGGUGAGCCAUAGGCCAGACCCUCAAGGGCUACUGAGCCAGGCUGAGCUGGAGCCACGGGGCAUUCUAGAGGAAAAGCCUAGGAUCUGAGGACUUUAGAGGCCCCGCUUCCAUGUGAGCUGCUGAGUAAGGGUUAGAGGAGGCAAGAGAGCAGGCUGGAAGACAGUGAUGGGGCCGUGAAAGACCCUGGAUGAGGCAGUGGCUGGGGAAGGAGUCCUCAGCAGGACAAAACCUCAUUCCCCUUCGUGGGGGUGUGUGUUACCUCUUGUACAGGCUCCACACUGACCUGCCAUCUCAGCUCAGAGUUAACAGUGCUUCCAGACUGCUGAGCCUUCAAGGCUACUUACUCUAUCUACCGAGUCUAGAGUCAUUUGGAUAUUGGGCCACAUAUCCCAGUCCCAGACUGCUCUGUCAGAAGGCCAUUGGGCUCACUUAACUGGAAACAUUCAGAUAGCACCCCCUGGCCAGGCUGUGUCUCCCCACCCAGUUAUCUUCCAUUUGGGCUCCCAAGAUAGGGCUGUAGUUUUCCUUUAUAGAGGGUCGGAUGCCCUAAGAUUCCAUCUUGCAUCAUGUACCCAGGUCAGACCAUACCUCCUACAUUCAGUUGGAUACCUCUUCAGCCAAGACCAGCAGCCUCCUUAGGAUAUCUGUACCCAGGAUGGGAGCGGCCAUGCUUUACUGUUUGGGUUGGGUAUUGCUUCCCCCUGGCUGGAUGUCUACAACAGAACUGGCCUCCACAUAAGCAGUCUAAAAUCAUCAUCCAGGACCAGCUCCCUGACUCUGGACUGGGAGCUUCUGGCCCUAGGCUGGCCUUCACUCAGAUGCCCCCAAGUCCCACCUGGGCUGUCCAGGUGUUGGCAGAAGUGGGAGCCCUCAGCAGGCCUGGCAGAUGGUCAGGGCCCUGUUUGCCUUGAACAGCCACUGGAGCCAGGUGGUUAUUUCUCCCUGCAAGGCCCCGCAGCCCAGCCAAGCCACAGGGAACACAUAAACAGAACCAGGGCUGGCCAGUGAGGAGACGAGGGGGAGGGUAUUGGGAGACCCCGGUCCACUGCUUCCAUAGUCCAUUAUCCAGGCCCCUCACAGGAUCCACUGGACUCUAGAUCUGGUCAGCAAGGUGGCCAGGUCCAACUCUCACCUGCCUUGAGCCUGCCAAGAGGCUCUAACUCUCUUUGGGUCCAUCUCCUCAGCACUAGCUGGGAGAGCAGCUCUAAAGAUCCUUACAAGUUGCAGGGCAUGGUGGUGCAUACCUUGAAUCCCAGCACCUGAGAGGCAGAGGCAGGUGGAUCUCUGAGUUCAAGGCCAGCCUGGCCUACAGAGAGAGUUCCAGGACAGCCAGGGCUACACAGAGAAAUCCUACCUCAAAAAAACAAAAACAAAACAAAAGCCCCUUCCACUCUGAGGGAAGACACACAGCCGGGCCUCUGGUAGGGCUAAGCCUACAGCUGCCAGCUCAGAAUGGAAUCAUGGGACUACAAUUUCCAUUGCUGCCCACCAGCAGCCUGCAAGCCCUACUCAAGACCAGGCCAGGGGGUCACCUGGCCUGCAGGCUGCCAUGGGCAGACCAUGGUAGUCCACGUUCUCCAGUCCUCACCCCAGGGAGGUGACAGGACAGAGCAGAGGGAGGGUCCUGAGUUCUCUGGAGGUUCAAGAGGGAUAUGACCAUGUCCAGGAGUCCGAGGGAACUCAGCCUUGCUGAGUAUCUGUGAUGAGACACAGUCCUGCUCCAGGGUCCUGAGAGGUCACUGGCUCUGGGGAACAGGCUUGGGACUAGGGAUGUGGGGCUUGUGGUCUAACUUCAACACAACCAGGCUGGGUCCAGCUCUCUCCUUGUCCUUGAUGCCUUCUUGGUCAACCACAGAAUGAUCCCAGCCUGAAGCUACCACAGCAAACUGAAAUAACCCUUGGUUUGGUGGGGCUGGUCCCACUGGUCAAGAGAGGCAGUGGGGAAAGGGGCUAUGGUGUCCAGCGGGGCCUAGGCCCUGGCUGGCUAUGUGUAUAUGUGUCACCCUGGGCAAGCCUGGGCUUCUUGGAGGUCAGGCCUGCUCGGCUUUCCCGACCUGAACGGACUCAGAACCCCACCUCACUCUCAAGGUUUUCCCCCGGCUGUUUCAGCUCCCUGGACAGGGCUCUCAUCUUCCUGCCAUGGGCAGAACGGCAGCCCUUCAGGAUGCAGGGUGAAUCAUCCACAGCUUCCCACUUCAACAUCACUAUCCUGCAGGCAGGGAGGCUUUAAGGCUCGGCUGGAGGACGGAAGGGUUCUGGGACAUGAGAAGGUGGGCUCUGGGCCACCCUAGACCUACUCCUUCAUCAAUGUCUGUGGAUCCGAUCACUUCCCGACACAGGAAGCCCCUUGCCAGAACACCUCUACUAGUCACGUGAAGUACCUGUCAAUCCAAGUCAGCCUGACCCAGACUUCACAGCAUUUGCGAGGCAAAGAGUAAUUGGCAUGGACCACACAAUAGUUCUUGUCCAAAAACCAUGCUGCUACACUACAUGCCCCAGGAAGACCACCUAUACCACUAGGAUAGAAGGGUGCAUUGUGCAUGAGUUUCUAUGUGUAUUUGUGGGCAUGUGUGAACUUGGGUAUUUAUUUGUUAUUUGUGUCUGCUUGUGGUUCUGUUGGCGUGUAUACCUGUGUUUGAAUGUGUCAGUGUACAUUUAUGUUUGUGUGUGUCUGUAUGUCUCUGUGAAUAUCUGUGUCUUCUGGUGCAUCCGGGAGACUACAUACCAGUGUCUUUUUGUUUGUAUGUGUGUCUGUGUACGUGUGAUCUUUGUGUGUGUACCCGUGGUCUGCGAAUGCCGCCUGUGGGUGGAAUUUGGCUCUUAGACAUGUUUGGUUUGGCUCUCCCAGUAUUUUCAACAUCUUGAGCCAACAUUUAAAAAUCAGGAUAUUUCACAUAAAAAUUCAGCUUUCCAGCUUCUCUUAAAAAUUCAGAAGCCCUGGCAAACUUAGACCAGGAUUCCCAUGAGGCCACUCUCCUCCUAAGCUGCAGAGGGCCAGCCUCCUCCUUCAGCCUCUUUAGCCUUGCUUCUCUUGCCUACCAUUACCUUGAGAAUGGCUGGGUUUGGGACCGAGUGUGUGGUCACUACUAGAUGUUAGCCUUUUAGGGAGUGUGUGCAUGAGUACAUACAACGAACCUAUAAAUGCGUAUGGGGUACUUCUGUGUGAGGCAAAUCAGAAUGCUUGCAUGUGCACGAAUACCUGUAUAUGCAUGUGUAUGAAGCCACUGUGUGUGGGAAACGUAUGUAAGGCUGUGCAUGUGUGUGUGCAUGGAGGGGGUAUAUUUCUGGCCAUGUGGAGUGUGUGGGCCACUGUGGUCUGGCAUGCUCUGCACAGGAGCCUCUUCCGGCCUUUGAGGGAGAAUCGGAUUCCCGGCUUCUGGCUGGGAUGCCUUGUGGGAUUUAUUUCUGUCUCAGUGCCCACUGAAGGCCUGAGUAAUGGGAACAUUUAAAGAAAACCAGAAAUACAUACGGAAGAGGCAGGCUGGCUAGAAAACUUAGCUCUGAUACCCUGCUUGGUUCACAGCUGAGUGAGCCUGAGGCCAGGUCUGAGUCUAGAAAGGAGUAGCCAGCAUGUCCUCCCACUCUGUGGACAGCCUAGUUCUGCCAAUGUGGAGCCAUCUGGUGGGCAAGCUCACCACCCCACUGGGUUAACAGUAAGCAGUGUUCAGGGCAAGGUGAGAGGAUGCCAUGUCAGCCUGUGCAUGGGAACGGUGCCUUUCUCCAGUCAGGUUUUCUGGAAGUCCUUAUCUUCAAGUAUCCUAUGAGCUCACAGACACACCCACACCCACAUACACCAUGUGAAGUGGACUCCCCAGCUCAAGGAGAAGCAAGAAUGGCGGGCCUGGAAGGGCUGAACUUGUCCUUAGGAUUAGGACACUUGAAGACUCCCCAGACUGGCCUGCCUGGUCCUGGGACCUGCCCUCCCCAGGACAUGGUCACCAUCAUUCUGGGUUCAGAUGACCUGAAUCCCACUCUUUACCAUCUCUGAUGCCCAGCUACUUCAUGGGACACAAGUCCAUGGGGAAGAGGAGUGUUCCACGUGGUGGAGUAUCCGGCUAUGUUGGUGGCCACAGGAGUGCAGGCUGUGCUGAACUAUGAUUUAGGCAACCAGUCUGGUGUCGCCUGCUGCCACCCAGUGGCCAUGUGCGGAAGUGGGGAAUUACAGGCCCUGGCGACACCAAGUCUCAUUCUUGGUGUCUCUUCUUGGCUGAGAAGCCUCUUGGGGCGCUGGAGGUUCUGGGAAAAGUGGUCUUUAGCUUUUGUAAUUUAAUGGUGUGUGUGUGUGUGUGUGUGUGUGUGUGUGUGUGUGUGUGUGUGUGUGUGUGUGUGUGUGUGUGUGUGUGUGUGUGUGUGUGUAUGUGUACUCUAGUGUGGCAUGAGUGUAAAUGUAACCAACCAUCUUAUUAAAUAAGAAACAUAGAGCCGAUUGGGACAAACUAGUGGGAGGGAAUCAGUUCUCUUCUACCAUGUGGGACCCCAGAAUUGAGGCCUUUAGCUUUUGUAAUUUAAUGGUGUGUGUGUGUGUGUGUGUACUCUAGUGUGGCAUGAGUGUAGAUGUAACCAACCAUCUUAUUAAAUAAGAAACACAGAGCCGAUUGGGACAAACUAGUGGGAGGGAAUCAGUUCUCUUCUACCAUGUGGGACCCCAGAAUUGAGGCCUGGUUGUCAGGCUUGAGGGCGACCCCCUUCAGCUGCUGAGCACUCAAUGGCUCCAUUUUUUCCCCGAGACAAGGUUUUACAAUAGCUCAGGCUGACUUAGAACCCAUGUAUAGUCCUGGCUGGCCCUGAACUCACAGCAAUCUUCCUGCCUUAGCCUCGAGUGAUGAAAUUAUUGGCAUAAGCCACUAAACUAGGUUUUUGUUCUGUUUUUAAAUAAAUUUUAGGGGCUAGAGAGAUGGCUGAGUGGUUAAGAGCACUAGCUGUUCCUUCAGAAGACUCGGUUCAAUUCCCAGCACCCACAUUGGGCCUCACAACCAUCUGUAACUCCAGUUUUAGUGGAUCUGAUACCCUCUUCCGGCCUUGUCAGGCACUGGGCACAUAUGUGGUACACAGGCAUGUGCAGGCAAAACACCCAUAUAUUUAAAAGAAAGCUUCACCUCACGUGUGUCUGGGGGGGAGGGGUGCACACGCCUUGGCAUGUGUGCAGAGGUCAGAGGACACCUUUGUGCAGUCAGUUCUUCCACCUUCGUGUGCUCUGACCCGCUGAGCCAUCUCACCAGCCCUGGCUUAUCCUUUUAGGUACAGAACAUACUUUUUGAACUCUGAUGCCUGUGAACUAUGACUCCUUUCAUUCCUGGUACUUAAAUGUCUUCUGUCAGUCUUGCCCAACAGUCAGCCUUACUGAGCUUUCCAAAAGACGCCAGUUUAUUUGCUGCUAUCCUACAUCCCUGAGCAAAGCAUUGCUGGCUGCCUUCCUUUCAGUCACAGGCCAUGUGCCUAGUUUAAACCACCCUCAUUCCCCUGGCCUCCUUACGUCCUUCAGCUUGCAGGAGCCCUGAUACAUUAGGACCAACUAGUCAGAGCGAGUGUGUCGGAUGGGACUUGAGGUGAGUGCAGAUGCCACCAUGAGAGGGCAAAGCAGGGGGUCGGGGUCACACAAAAGGGAUUCACAUCUCAGAUUGCUUCAAGUGUGCAUGCAUGUGUUAUCACGCUUCUAUGAACACUCCUGGCCUGUCUCCUGGUAUGCACGUGUAACAGUUCACCAGUACACUGAGGGUCAGGGUAAUCACACGCAACUUUCGGAAGUGGUCUCGUUAUCUGCCACCACCUCGUGCAAACCUGAUCCCUACACCCAGCACAUGGGUGUAGCUAAGAGCACUGUGUCUGCAGGUCUCCACUGCACUGACGUUCCCCCAGCCAUCUUUGCUGCUUUGGCCAGUCCUGUGCUCACCAGAGCGCUGCCAGUCCCUUUCCUUUCAAUCUGCGGUUAGGCUUUCCUCUUCCAAGACACCAUCUCCCUACAGCCCAGGCUGGCCUCAGCUUCCUGCCUCCAUCUAAGAGACCUGGGAUUACAGGUGUGUAAUGCCAUUCGGAGCUACUUUUCAAGAUUUCUAAUCAGUUCUUACAUCUGAUUCUUGUUGAGUUAUGGGGGAUGGGACACCUCACUUCUCUGAUAAUAAAACACUCAUUUUAAAGCUA